AUGAAUAGCGUAACUGUAAUUUGUCCCAAUUCUCAUCGUUGUGUGGUAAAAGUAACACCAUCAACUCAGCUUCGUAAGAUUUUGGAAGAAGCUUGUUUGAAGCAAGGUUUCGAUAUAUCGACACAUUAUUUGAUGCAUCAAAAUCAUACGUUGGAUUUGACAUUACCGCUUCGCUUUACUGGUUUGCCUAACAACGCUACCAUUGAAAUGGUGCAAAGUACUAACGUUGGUGGUAGAAUUCCAGUACAGAUUCAAAUUGCCUUACAACUUCCGGAUGGGUCUCGUUUCAUUCAGGAAUUCUCGAAUAAAGCAAACUUGUUGGAUGUUUUGUAUGCAUUCUCGCAGAAAUCAGUUCAAGAUUUGAUAAAACUUACCGAUGGUCAAGUACCAUGUUGUGCCUAUAUGAACAAAGAGUAUCGCGGAGAAGCAGAACUUAAAUUGACAACUUUGGAAGCAAUGGGAAUAACAGGAGGACGCUGUUUGAUCAGAUAUUUCCCAGUUAGAAUGUCACAGGAUGAAAUAUCAAGGCUCGAAAAUCGCCUUGCUGAAGAAUGUGAACGGAAGAAAAAGCUAGAAAAAGUGUACGAAGCACGGAAAACAGAAAAUGAACGUCGACUGCAGUUAGAAAAUGAAAGGGAGGAGAUUUUUGAACGCGAACUAAAAGUGAAGCAUGAAGCGGAGGCAGCCUGUUUGCUAGAAUGUGAUCAAGAAGCUAGUAGAAACCUUGAAACUGCAUCUCAUACUGCGCCAUCGGUAGAUCUAUCUGAAGGUGCAGUAGGACAUGUUGUCCAGUCUGAAAGGCGGCCUCAACCUUCAUCGCGUCUCAAUCAGCUGCAGCCUAUCCUUAAUCAAGUAAACACCAGUUUAACUGCAAGUAGAGUUGAUUUUCUCGAUGAACAGCUUAUUGGAAAAGAUGGCAGAAUACACAUUAGCGAUUUACAGACAUCGGCACGAGCACAAAAGGAGGAUUAUAGUAGUGAUGUUUGCAACUCCAUUACGUCCUCUUCGGAAGUAUCGUAUUUAUCUGUUGAAAAAUGUAACCGAAUGCCUGUCAUCAUCAGGCAAGAUUUGGAAUCUAAUGAAAGUCUAAAAGAUGUAGGCGGAAAACAAGAUGAUAUUGAUGAUCAAUUUUUUGAACUUACCGUCAAUGAUAUACGGAGUAUUCGUCGAGAUCUCAAGGCAGAAGCAGGUAUACAAGAACAGAGAGCUCUACUACCAAAAACAUAUAUUAUUGAAAAGAAUAAGCGCCUAAAAGAAGAAAGUUACAAACAUACGAUAAUACGAUUCAAUUGUGCUGAUAAAACGGUUAUACAAGCUCAGUUUGUCUCACGAGAACCUGUGUCGAGAUUGUUUGAAUUCAUAGCGGAAAAUUUGAAAAAUUCAGUGGUGAAAUUUGAUCUCUGUCUUGCAAAUCAGAGACUUCCGUCAACCGUUUCAAAAAAUUUAAUUGAAGUCGGUGUUGCUCCAAAAUCUUCAUUGUAUAUACGAUUUCAUUCACCACAAAAUACAUUUGGUAAUUUCUCUUUACAUCUAAUGAGAUACCAAUAA